AAGUCCUACAUACUCAUGGUCAAUUAAGUACCUGUCUCCAAAAGGACCGCCAGCAUUUUUGGGCCGCUCGCCAUUGUCAAACGGGGUCCAGUGCCCCAUAAGGUCCAAUUAGGCCGCAUUGUGGUGUAGUAUUGAGCAUUAGAGAUUAUGGGUUGUGAGCAAAGCAAAGAUGGACAAGCCUGGGCCCAUGGAAACCAUGGUGAAAUUCCAAAUGGCAAGAUUGAGGUUGGACAAGAGGCCUUGGAGCGGUACAUUGCUCUGGAGAACGAGAUUGCCAAACUUGAGGCGAACUCCCCUAGGAUGGUCUUAGAGCACAAGCGGGAACAACUCAAACAAAUCACCUUCAACAUCACCGAUCAAGAAGUCGUCGUCGAAAGCCUUAACGAAGCCGCUGUUAGAGAGAAAAGAGACGUGGAUGCUUUAGAAGAUGAUCCAGACACAAAGCAACUGUUCCUGGAUCAGGGCACUUGGGAAGCCCAGCAAGAGAAAGAAAUUCUGGGUCAGCCAAACAAUAACGAGGAUGGGACGAAAGGCCAGGUCUUGGAGAUGCAACAGGCCAACAAUGAGCCUGGGGUGGUCGAGGAGAGUGCUAGAGAAGCCAUGGCUGCCUUAAACAGCCAGGAAAUUGCUGAAACUGAGUUGUCAAACAUGCGAGAUCAAAAGUCCAAUCUGGAGGCCGAGAUCGUCUCCUUGGAGCUCGAUGUGGAACAAUUGCAAAGCCUCUAUGAGGAACAAGAGACGAUAUUGGAUCGGAUCUUUGGUGGGGCUUACGGCUCCGAGGAUGAGAAUCAUUUGGAGUCCUCUUUGGAUCAGCAUGAACAGAUGCGAAAUCGGAUCGUGGAGGCCAAUUUCAAAUGGCGUCAGGCCCAGCUAAUGGUGGACUAUGCUUAUAAGCAAUUGGAACAUGCUGUGACCAAAUGGACCGACGUGCAAACCAUUGAUCCCAGCAAUUUGGAACAACGGUACGCUGUGGCCUCGGAAACGCGAAACAACUUGGUGGCAGCCUCACAAAAUAUACAGGGUGCACAACGCUAUUUGAGCAAUGUUCAGUUCCCAUAUUGCGCUCCACCUGAGGUGGAAACACUAAACAAGGCUACCGCCUACAUUUUCACCGACAUGCAAACCCCUGAUCGCCAUGAGCAUGCCAUGGAAUGCUACACCAUAACCUCCAAACGAUGUGGAGCCUUAUUGCAAUGGAUCACCCAAGUCGUGUCCCAAACCAUCUCUCGAGACUUAGAUGACAUUAAUGCCAAAGUGAAAGAGGCCUCGAUGAAGUUGAGGACGGAAAGGGUCAGACUCAUCAAGGAGAAGGUCAAGGAGGUCAUGGGCAAAGAUGUGGAUAUUGCUGUGGCCGACGUGAACACCGAUGUGAAAGUGGAUUUGAAUCUCAAUGAUCUGGCCAUGACCGAGGGCAUUGAUCCAAACUCCCUGACUCUGACUGCGGAAGAGCUCAAGGCUUUGGGACUGCUCUUGGAAGAGGACCUUGCCCCGCCCCCCUCGCAAACUGAGGUGUUUGGCGAGCAAAUGGAGCGCUUGAAUCAGACCUAUCGCGAAGAUGCGGAUCGGGUUCAGCGACAGAUCGAGGAGAGUCGCGAACGGAUGCACCAGAAACUGGAACAACAAUUGGCCGUGCGCAGACAGAGACGAGCCAGGAAAAAUAUCGAGGCCAAAGAGCGGGAGGCACUCAUAGCCAGCUGAAUGAAAUUGGAGGCUUUUAGCGUCUGUAAUGAUAAUUGCUCUAUCAUUAUUAUUACUAUUAUUAUUACCAUUAUGAUGAAAAAUGAUGAUCAACUGGUCACUUUUCAUGAGAUUUCUAUCUACUGCCACUUGGGCUAAAAUUCUAUUCUUGACGUGGUAUCUGAUUAAAGAGGCCUACUCGUA